UCCCAACUACUCGAAGACAUGAGUCAGAUGCGUACUUAGAUGGCUGAGAUGGUCAGAGAGCAUCGCGAUCAGUUACAGCAAAUGACAAGCAUGCAUCAGGCCCAAACCUCAAGUUCCCUUCCCCAUUCUACCUUUGCACCUCUCCACUCUUCUCCUUCUUCUCACUCUUCUUCGUUGAGUUUGGUGGUUAAUCAACCAGGACCUGCGACAGGUGCAGUUCCCAGUGCAAGAAGUUCCGCAACUUCCGCAGCCCUGGGAUCGGAUCCAGCAAUAACUGGGCCCAACUAUAGCAGUCCAUACAUGGACAAGAAGGCGGUGACGAUACCGUCUAGGUAUGAUGGCAAGGAGGACGUAGAGUCCUGGAUCAACUCCAUGAGACCCUACUUCGAGGUACAGGCCACUCAAAGAGUGAACCAAUCCUUGAUCCUAGGGACGAACGUCGAGCCUGUCGUAAGGGGCUUCCUUGAAGUCCAAGCUAUGCAAGCUGGGUAUUCCAAGAUCAAACUAUCAGAGUGGCUUAAAGUCACUCUGGUUACCACUCUCGAGGAUAUAUUAGUAGUGCAAUAUAAAGACCCGCAUGCUGCAACGAGAGUAAGGAUACAACUUGAUGAGCUUAAGCGCAGCAAGUGGCAGGGCACCAUGCACAAAUUGCAACUGCAUGUCAACAAGCUCUUUGCAAUGCUAGGAUUGGAGCUGACUGCGCAAUCGUGUUUGGAUGUAGUUAAAGGUGGGUGCAAGGUUUUCUCCAAGAUCGAUCUCAAGUUUCGAUACCACCAAAUUGAAGUCGGUCCUGCGGACCAGCACAAGAAUGCGUUCAAGACACGCGAUGGGCUUUACGAAUUUACCGUAAUGCCCUUCGGUCUCACGAACGCACCGACCACCUUUCAAAGCCUUAUGGACAAGAUCCUUCGCGAACAGAUUGGUCGGUUUGUGGUGCUGUACCUCGAUGAUAUUCUAAUCUUCAGUAAAUCCAUCGAGGAACACAUAAAGCACCUUGAGGAAGUGUUCACCAUCCUCAAGAAAACGCAACUCCAUCUCAAUUUAGAGAAAUAUGAGUUUGAGAGGGAUAGCGUCAUCUAUCUUGGGCAUCGAUUAUCUGCUGCAGGCCUCGAGCCUGAGGCAACCAAGGUUGAGGUCAUACGCAACUGGCCUCAACCCGCGAACAUCCGCGAACUGCAUUCUUUCCUUGGUCUCGCAUCUUACUAUGGGAAGUUUGUGCCUCGAUUCUCUAUUGUUGCUCGCCCGUUGUCCCGAUUGACAAGUAAGAAUGUACCUUACACGUGGGAUGCAACAUGUGAGACUGCAUUCCAAGCCUUGAAAGAGGCCUUGGUAAGUUACCCUGUACUCCGCAUUGCAAAUUCCAAACUAACAUUCGUAGUCACUACGGAUGCGAGCCAGUAUGGGAUUGGCGCAGUGCUGCAACAAGAUGGUGGCGAUGGCUUGCGGCUCGAGUACUACAGCAAACGUAUGCCUAGCGAAAAGGUAACUACUUCCACCUACAUGCGCGAGCUCUAUGCUUUGCGUAUGGCUUUGGAUCAUUGGAAGCACUAUCUUUUAGGACGCCAGUUCAAAGUGUUAUCAGAUUAUGAGACUCUGAACUGCUUAAGCUGCCGCCCGUUCGGCUGCAGGAAUGCGUUGAGCUUCGGCUUCAGCUUGGCGCUUCUUCUCCGCAUCGAUGAAAGCCAAGUAGUUGGCUAUGCGAAGCUGGAAAGCUUUGACGGUCUCGCCAAGGGCCUGUGCUUGCAGGUCGGGCAAACCCAAGCCGGGUGCACCUUGAGCGGUGCUGCUGCUGCUGCUGCGGCCAUUCUGGCUGAUGCUGACGUGGAAGAUGAUGAUGUGGCAGAUGAUGACGUGGUAGAUGAUGACGUGGCAGAUGAUGACGUGGCAGAUGAUGACGUGGCAGAUGAUGACGUGGCAAAUGCUGGCGUGGUAGAUGCUAACUUGUGGAAGGGGAAGUGUGGAUUGUCGGAGGACUCAAGUGGUAGCGAAGAGGAGGCCGAUGACAACUCUGAUUUCGAGCUACGACCGGAGCCAGCCGUCCCGGGCACGGGGUACGUCGGAAAGAGGUGGACCGGACGACAACGCAGAGAAGGGCUACGCCCAGCAGUGAUGGAGCCCAGGGUAAGGGAAACAACACUGUACAAUCCGCAAUCUGAUGUGGAGUGUGCACGAGUAGAUCCGGAUGUUGAGACGUUGCUGCAAACCAGGGUGGAUACAGAUGAGGAGGAUGCGAACCGUGCCAAGGCUAUGGCUGACCGGGAGACCGAACUUGUCAACAAACAUAUGAUGGAGGAGGAGGCCCGCCAUGCAGCUAUCCUGACCCGCAGAGAGAUCGAGAGAGGUCUAGAACAAGCCAGGGUGCAUCAACAGCAGGUCAAUCGGGCAUUGGAGGUUGUGGAAGAUGGAGGAGAGGAGGAGGAGGAGCACCAAGCAGAGGUUGGAGAUGACAUGGAGCACGAAGAAGGAGCGGAAGGCAUGGUGCAACCAGAGGAGGGAGAGGAGAUGGAGCACCAAGAAGAGGAGGAAGGCAUGGUGCAAGGCGGGGAGGAAGAGGAAAUGCGGCAGGAAGAGGAGGGGGAUGGAUUAGUGCAGCAGGAGGUGCAGCAUGACGAGGUCGAUACGGCCCGCGAAGACGAGCCCCCUCCCACAGCGACAACAUUGUUCAGAGAGCUUGAUAUUGAAGACCGCCUUCAGUGGAAGCAACACAGCUUGGUAUUUGCCGUGCCUGACAAGCCUGGGGAGUUCUCGCGGUUUGAUUUCCCAGAUGUGCCAGCCCCUCUCAAUGGGCUGGUGGCCAUCCUUCGCAACAAUGACAUGCUUACUUUUGAAGAGAAAAUGAAGUUUGGAUUCGGCCUUUUGCCAGCUAUCAUUCAGGGGCAGGAGUACGUGGAGCAGCAGGAUUGCUUGUCAUUUUCAGAAUGGUUAAGGCAGCAAGGUGUCCCAGAGAGAGUCAAUGACGAAGUCUUCAUUGCAAUGGCCAAAGCGCUCAACUUCAUUAAUCCCGAAGAAUUAUCUGCAACUGUUAUUUUGACGGCACUCAACAGAUUUUUGCAGGAGCGCCAUGGAUCGAAAAUGGCCUUCCUAGAUGGACCACCCACAACGCGGCUUUGUGAACCAAUGGUCGAAUAUGUGGAGAAGAAUGGCGGGCAGGUGAAGAUGAACCAACGUCUUCAGGAGAUUCUUGUGGGAAGCGACGGAACAGUAGCAGGGUUCAAGUUGGUGGGAGGAGAAGUAGUUACAGGUGAUGUGUAUGUGUCAGCGAUCCCUGUCGAUCCGCUGGCCUUGCUCAUUCCUGAGCAGUGGAAGUCUGACCCUUACUUCCAGCAGCUCAAAGGUCUGGAGGGUGUCCCUGUUAUUAAUAUCCAUUUGUGGUUCGACAGGAAAUUGACGACAAUUGAUCAGCUGCUGUUCUCACGGUCUCCUCUUCUGAGCGUCUAUGCUGAUAUGAGUACCACGUGCAAAGGUUACGCUGAUGAAAACAAGAGCAUGCUCGAGCUCGUGUUUGCCCCUGCAAAGGACUGGAUUGGACGGAGUGACGAGGACAUUGUGCAGGCAACCAUGAUGGAGCUCGAGAGACUGUUCCCAACAGAGAUAAAGGCUGAUGGAAGCCUUGCCAGGAUACUAAAGUACAAAGUUGUAAAAACCCCCCGUUCGGUUUACAAAGCGACAAGAGGUCGGCAAAGCUACAGACCAGCACAGAGGACACCAAUCAAGAAUCUAUUCUUGGCUGGGGACUUCACAAUGCAGCGCUACCUGGCCUCCAUGGAAGGAGCAGUACUCAGUGGGAAGCAGUGUGCCGAGCAGAUUGCCAACAUGUCACGAGGCGUGGCGCCAACAACUGGCCUCUCUCUUGAAGAGAAUCUCCAACGGAUACCUGAACUUGCGAUGAGUGGACAGUAAACUGUGAGCGGGUUGGUGAAGUGGGAGCAAAGUAGAGAGAGGGAAUGAAAAUGUGUGUAUGUAUGAGAGAGAGAGAGAGAGAGGGGGGGGGGGGGGGGAGGGGGAAUACCUGGCCCAAAUCUGGGAGUAAGUUCUGUAUGUCUUGUCAUAGCUCCUCGAUAGACGAGAACGUCGAGAAGCGUUAUGGCUCUACCCUUCCUUGCAUUUGCAAGGUGAACUUCAUUUAGGUCAAUCUUCUAGUUAUUUUGAAUAAACCUAUUACUAGUCUAAUUUAUGACAGUUUGAAAAAUUUUCCAAAUUUUCCUGUCCUCAUUGCUAUUCCCUUUUUGUUUUUGCUCAUUUAUUACCAUUCCAUUCCCAUUCCCAUUCCCAUUCACGUUUUGGUUCACAGUCACAUUCACAUUCAUCUUUUGGUUCACAUUCACAUUCGCAUUCACAUUCACCUUUUGGUCCACAGUCCCGUUCACAUUCAUAAGUUUGGUACAAUGUUUGGCGCAUUCACAUUCACCUUUUGGUCCACAGUCACGUUCACAUUCAUAAGUUUUGUACAAUGUUUGGCGCAUUCACAUUCACCUUUUGGUCCACAGUCACGUUCACAUUCAUAAGUUUUGUACGACGUUUGGCUGGAUCGUCCUUGGCAACAGGGGUUUUGUUAUCACAAACUCUAAACCUGAAACUCGAAGGGCAUACUCACGCUGGGACUUUCGUGGAUGUAUCUGACAACAAUUGCCGCUUCUCCUGCAUGCAUCUGACCGCAAUUACGUCCUGAGAUGACUCAAAAAGUGCUCAUGUGAGUAUGCCGUAAAAGUGUUCUAGACUUUUCAAACAUUUUCCCAGCAAUUCCAUCCCAUACUUGUACAAUAAAGUGAGCCAGUGUAG